GGCUGAGUUUAGCCGGCGGGAGCCCGGAGUCCGCUCGGCGCGAGCGCGAGGACGCCGAAGCCGCGCGCGGGACCAGAGCAGCUCUGCCGAGCAGCCGCCAGGCUCAGCCCCGCUCCUGGCCCGGCCACGCAGCCCAGAGACCUGCUAUGGCCACGUCUAUACUCGGGGAAGAGCCGCGCUUCGGAACGACCCCGUUGGCCAUGCUGGCGGCGACCUGCAACAAGAUCGGCAACACGAGCCCGCUGACGACGCUGCCGGAAUCAAGCGCCUUCGCCAAAGGCGGCUUCCAUCCCUGGAAGCGCUCCUCGUCCAGCUGCAACCUCGGCUCCAGCCUCUCGGGCUUCGCGGUGGCCACUAGCGGCCGCGGCUCGGCCGGUUUGGCGGGCGGCUCGGGCGCCGCCAACAGCGCCUUCUGCCUGGCCUCCACGUCGCCCACGUCGUCCGCCUUUAGCAGCGACUACGGCGGCCUCUUCUCCAACUCGGCGGCGGCGGCAGCGGCGGCGGCCGGGGUGUCCCCGCAAGAAGCAGGCGGUCAGUCGGCUUUCAUCUCCAAGGUGCACACGACGGCGGCCGACGGCCUCUACCCCCGCGUGGGCAUGGCGCAUCCGUACGAGUCUUGGUACAAGUCGGGCUUCCACUCGACGCUGGCGGCGGGGGAGGUGACCAACGGCGCGGCGUCGUCGUGGUGGGACGUGCACAGCAGCCCGGGGUCGUGGCUGGAGGUGCAGAACCCUGCUGGGGGGCUGCAGAGCUCGCUGCACUCGGGCGCCCCCCAGGCCUCGCUGCACUCGCAACUGGGCACCUACAACCCCGACUUCAGCUCGCUCACGCACUCGGCCUUCAGUUCCACCGGCCUCGGCUCCUCGGCCGCCGCCGCCUCGCACCUGCUCUCCACCAGCCAGCACCUGCUGGCCCAGGACGGCUUCAAGCCGGUGCUACCCUCCUACUCGGACUCGAGCGCCGCCGUGGCUGCCGCGGCCGCCAGCGCCAUGAUCUCGGGCGCCGCGGCCGCCGCCGCCGGGGGGAGCUCGGCGCGCUCCGCCCGCCGCUACUCGGGCCGCGCCACCUGCGACUGCCCCAACUGCCAGGAGGCGGAGCGGCUGGGCCCGGCCGGCGCCAGUCUGCGGCGCAAGGGCCUGCACAGCUGCCACAUCCCGGGCUGCGGCAAGGUGUACGGCAAGACAUCGCACCUGAAGGCGCACCUGCGCUGGCACACGGGCGAGCGGCCCUUCGUGUGCAACUGGCUCUUCUGCGGCAAGCGCUUCACGCGCUCGGACGAGCUGCAGCGGCACCUGCGGACUCACACGGGCGAGAAGCGCUUCGCCUGUCCGGUGUGCAACAAGCGCUUCAUGCGCAGCGAUCACCUGAGCAAACACAUUAAAACGCACAACGGGGGUGGCGGGGGCAAAAAAGGAAGCGACAGUGACACGGACGCCAGCAACCUGGAGACGCCCCGCUCCGAGUCCCCCGACCUCAUUCUGCACGACUCCGGCGUCAGUGCUGCCCGGGCAGCGGCGGCGGCAGCGGCGGCAGCAGCAGCGGCGGCGGCAGCGGCGGCUGCGGCCUCUGCGGGAAGCAAGGAAGCCCCGUCCGGCCCCAACGACUCCUAGGAGGCCGGGCGACGUGCACAAGUGCGCUAACCGAGACAACCCAGAGCGAUCGAGAGGUUCGGAGGGCAAGCUGGCAGCGGACGGGAGGACGGACGGGGCGGGGGUUGGGGGUGGCGGCUCCAGGGAAGCCCCUUCCCUCUCCCCCGGGCCCGGGCUGCACACGCUGCGUGGAGCUGGCACCGGGGCUCUGGGGCGCAAGGCUCGCCCACGACGCCUGGAGCUCUCCUCCCGCCGUCGGCGCCUAGACGAGAAUCGAACCCGCGGCACAAACAAAAAGAACCUUUCUCCGACACUAACACUUCUGAAAACUGCACACGCUUAGACACACACUCACGCACACGCACCCCGGAGACCCAUAGCCAUGAGCGCACGCACACUCGCACACAAGUCCCGAGCGCACAGCAAUACACGGGAACGCUCGCUCCUGCCCGCGGCGCUCUCAGAGGCGUCUUGCCCCCAUCCCCACUCCAGCAGCGAGCCGCGCAGCUAACGACUGGCGGAACCUUGGGGAACAGACGCGACCCAUCAGCACGGACCCUUUGUGUGGAUUAUACUAUAUAUUAAAUGCUCCAAGUCCUGCUUGAUAUCUACUUGCGAUACUUUUCUUUUUUCCUAAAAAAGGGAAGCGUAAAAGAAAGGCUUAAGGUGAGAAAUUAUACUGGAAGUCUAGCGACAGUUUCUUUGUAUUUCAUAACAUCUGUAAAAAUAGGAUUCAAAAGAAUGUGUUCUCUUUUUAUUUUCUUGUAAAUGUUCAUUCGAAUAGAGGUUUUUUUCGGUGAAUUCCUGAAAUUCAGGAAGUUUUUUUUUAAUUUUCUGAUGCACUUUGUGAAAGUCAGUAUAUAUGUAAAAGAUAUUUAAGAUGUUGAGUUAUCAUUUCACUCAAACGCGUAAGUUAAGGUCAUCUAAAGAAAUUAAAUGCGUUUAUCUGUAUGAAGAAAUUCUUGACAUCCUAUUUUCAUUUUGGUGUUAUUAAAGGACUCUGAACAAUA